UCCGAGAUGCAUUUGAGUUAUUAGAGGAUGAACCACGCCAGCGUUGAUAGCUCUGCCGAGGUGUUUUGCCACGAGGAAAUGGCUCUCCAGGGCGGCAGCAGCAGGAGCGGAGCGGAGCAGACACGGGCGUGCCAGCAGCCCAGCGGUGCCAGCAUCCUGCCCGCACCGUCCCAUCCCAUUCCUGCAGCGGGGAGAGAAAGCAAAGCCUCCUCGCUCCUCCACGCCCACCGCCCGCACACAGCCCCGCGGGACUCCCACCCCCACCCCAAAGCGCUCUGCCGCUCCGUCCCCGCUCUCAGCCCGGCCCUUGGCGCUGCUCCCGUUGGGGUUGGGGCCGACUGCUGGCAGCCCCCGCCCCGGGCUCCCCCCGCCACCGCCCCUCCCGACGGCAGGCACCGCCCGCCCGGCCCGCCCCGCUCGCUUUGUGCAGCUCCCUGCUCGCCUCGCUCUCUGCCCGCCCGGCUCCUGCUCGGCACCGCCCGGUCCGGCUCGGCUCAGCACGCCCGGAGUAGCGGGGAGCGCCGGCCCCAACCUCGCUCCACCCGGCUCUGCCCUGCGCUGCCCCGCUCCGGUCCAAAGAGCUCAGCCAUGGAGGCGGUGCUGAUCGUCCUGUGCUCCCUGCUGGUGUCUGCAGCUGCGGCGGAUGUGGGUGCCCAAGAGAAGGAGGAAGACCCCUUUAACUAUGAUUACCAAAGCCUGCGGAUUGGAGGGCUGGUGUUUGCUGUGGUCCUUUUCACUGUUGGCAUCCUCCUCAUACUCAGCAGGAGGUGCAGGUGCAGUUUUCACCAGAAGCCCAGAGCUCCAGGGGAUGAAGAGGCUCAGGGUGAGAACCUGAUCACCUCGAAUGCAACAGGAGCGCAAAAAGCAGAGAACUGAAGCAGAGCCAUGCGACCCAGAGACCUGAAGACAGAUGCUUGGACUGCAGGUGCCAGCGGCCUGCCAGGAAACUGAACCCGCAGCAACAGGUCCCUCGGAGGAGAUGCAAAGCUGCUGUGUCUGUGUUACCCUCUGUACUUCAACACCGGUUCUCUAUCCACUAACCCGACUUAACUCCACUCACCGUCCUCUCUGCCUCCAGUGCUGUGUAUGUUAAUGUAAGGUGACCAUUACUUCUAGGGCUAGUUGUUGCUGAUGUUGUAAUAGUGACUCUCACCUCACCUUCCUCGUGCUGUGAGUGUGAUGUGGGCUGGGCAUGGUGAACCCUUGGCUUGUCCUGGGUCCUGUGGGGACCAGGGGAGGGGGUGAGCAGCAUUGUGGGUGUUUGUGAAGCACCGUGUGCCUCCAUGGUGCUGUAUCAAUUCCCCUGCUCCCUCCCAGCCCUGGCAAUGGAAGCUGCAGGGCACGGAGAGCCUGGGCACCGUGGCCCUUGGGAAAUUGCUGAGUGCCAACACAUGCAUGUACAUGGUGGGGCUGGGACCAGGCACGUGUGGCUCCCCCCAUCUGGCUUGCUGGCACUGACCGGCAGCAUUCUGCAGGCAUUUCCAUCUGUUUUGGGACUGCAGCUGGAGGGAAAGGGAGCACAGCACUCAUUGCCCAUUCAGCAAUAACCCCCCCAGCACCAAACCCAGGGCUGGGCUGUGCAGGGCGCCCCAUAGUGCUGCACUCAGGGCUACGGGGUCCCCCUGGCACAGCCCCCAUCUCCGCUCAGCGCUCCCCAGUUCCAUCCCAGUGCACCGUGCUGCAUUAAAUGGGAUUAAAUGCAGAGAGGGCUGUGAAAUCCCGAGUCACUGUGAACGAGGGCGGCUGUGCGGCGGUGACCCCACCAGCCAGCACCGACCGCUCCUCACCGCUCCGCGUGCUGCUGGGGCGGAGCUGGGCAGGCUGAACGGAGCGCAGGCUGAGCUCAGCCCCGAUCCUUAUCACCUCCAGUGGGAAGGGGCAGGGACGUUUCCUCCCGGUGCCCACCCUGUGUCCAUGUCCCCCAGUGACUGUGUGUUGUCACCCCUCGUGCUCGCAGCCCCAGAACUCUGUAGCAGCAGGGAGCGAUGCUCAGAGCUCUACAUGCCCACUGGGCUGAGCUCACCCCCCGUGUGCAGGAGCUUGUUGCUUCUCCAAGUUGCUUCCACGGGCUUCUCCAAGUCCAUGCAGAGCCUCAAUGGGAACCUGUGGCUGUGCUGGUGUGGGAGCAAAUCUCUCUGCAUCCUGGAGGCUGUGAGAGGGGUCUUGUGUACCGUGUCCCUCCCUCCUGGCUGUCAUUGCUCCAUCUGUCCCCCGUGCCCUGCAGCCCCAUGCGUCGCUGUGUGUGUCCCGGUGUCGGUGUUGGAGUGCCCGUGGUGUCUGUGGCGUUCCGUUGGUGUUAACACUAAACAAAGAAAACCCCGUGGUUGUGUAGAAGCGGCCAGACCUUGACUGUUGUAAAAUAAACCAAGCUAUUGUGUUUCCUUUUAAAGAGGCGAGAGUGCUGCUGUGGUGAAGGACUGGUGUGUUCUGUGCUGUGAUCUAAGGGGGAAAGGAAUAAAACAGCGUUUCUACC